AUGCGUCGCCCGCCUGGAGAACAUGACGGCCUCGGUCGGGUUGAUGACGAGAUGUCGUCGAGGAUGCAUUUUCGCGCUCUGGGCUCUGCUGGUGGUGGGCGGGCCAGGGAGGUAUCCGGCCGGCAGCAGGCAUCAGGGCAGAAGCCCGUGGUUCCUCGGCGGCCAGUCACGCCUCUAUCGCAAAACAUGAUACGGAAGCGGCAGGGUGCAUUCGAUCUUGGGGAACCGAGUCAGACGGACGCUGGCUGCAGUAUGCAGGCAGGGAUGCCCUCGCCCUUCCCCUCAGCCGAGGCCUGCAAGUGGCAGGAAACGAGCCGAAAGGGAGGAUAUCGUGCAGGAAAUGUUGGCUGCACGAGAUGGCUUCUGUCAGGCAUGAGGGGUGCCAUGUGGUGUGUGUGGGCUUCGCGGAGGGGAGAGCACAACAUUGAACCACACAUAGCCGCAGACCUGCGCCUGCCUGCCAACAUGCGAUGGAUGGCAGGCGCACCAGACUCAUCAGCAGUGGCCACUGUCGCUGUCCACUGA